AUGAAAGCCAGAAAAUCCUUUUUUUCCAGAGUACACUACAGCAAUUGUGUUCAUUACAAAUACAAAAAAAACAAGGAAAAUCCUAAUAAGAGCAAAAAUAAGUUGUUAAAAAACUUGGAUUAUUACUCAAGAAAUGAAAAAAAACAAAUUUUAAAAAAAAUUUAUGAAAACAUUAUUUUGAAAAAGAAACAUUUGCAAGAAGAACUGUUACAAUUUUACAUAAACGAUAAAGAUGUUAAAGAAAUUUUUGAAAAAGAAAAAAUUUUUGAUGAAAGUGAUAAAUUAGCAAUAAUUAAGCAGGUGGAAAGUAAUGAAGAAGCACUGAUAAAUAAGUUUAGUAACUUUUUCGAUUUGUUACAUUUCUCUUUAGAAAAAUUUAAGAUAAAAGGUGGGUUCUUCGUAAACCAGAAUACAUCUAAACUGAAUGAUCUCUCCAGUUGCACAAGGAACAAUGCACUAGAAAGACACGAAUUUAUAGCAUCCAAUUUGGAUUUAAUAAAAAAAUUUUUGGUUUUUAUUGACAAAAAUUUAGACAUAUAUGAAAAAACAUCCACUUGGUUUAAGAUAUUUUUCCGUCUUAAUAAAUUUGUAAUAUAUUUUUUUAAUUAUUCUUUUCCAUUUAUUGAUUUUUUUGAUUACAAACUGUUACGCAGGUAUUCUCAUUUGUAUAUAAAAUUAAGUCUUUUGGAAAAUUCAUAUUUUGUUUCUGAGAAAAAGAAAAAAGAAGCAGAAAAUAUUUACGAUGUAAAUAUAUCAAAUGAGGAUAUAUUCGAUCUGACAAAAAAUAAUAACAAAAAUGCUAUACGACUGUUGCUCUUAUUGAGUGAACGAACGAGUCAAAUUGAUAUGCUGAAUUUGUCUGAGAUAUAUAUGUUAUAUGCAGAGAAAACAAAAAUAAAUGAAUGGAUUCAAAAUAUAAACACACAUAUUAUAAAGAGUGUGAUGGGAAUUAGAGGAGGACGAAUAAAUAAAUAUAUAUUUGGUGAAGAGCUUAAUAAUGAAAAUAAGGAAGUUAUUGAACGGAUGCCUGAAGAAGAGUUCAAUGAAAGGAAAAACGAAAUUAUGGAACACAAUAAUAACGAAAUAAGCGAUUUGUUGGAAUAUUAUAGUUAUUUCAUUUGUUUAUAUUUCAAUCUUUUAUAUUUAGUAAAUAAAUUAGUUAGCAAUUAUGUUGUAUUUCUGCCAAAUAUGAAUAACAGUAUAUUGUCCCUACUAGAUUGUAUAGUAGUACUAUGUGAAGGAAUUUUUGAAGAGGACAAUUUGAGUGAAAAAAAAAUAAAAAAUCUUAUUUUGUUUUUAAAUAAUAAGGAUAUUGAAAAAUACAUUAUACAAGACAUAAUAACAGAUAGACGAUUCCCCAACGAUCGUAUGAACAAUAAAAAUGAAAUGUAUAUAUCUCGAUAUAAAAUGAAGAAGAGCAGUAAGAAUGCAUUAUUUGAUGAAGAAGCUGAAGAAAAUGUUUUCCCACCUGAUGAGUUUAGUUACAUGGAAAACUUAAACUUGUUAGAUAAAGGAAGUGAUAUGGGAGACACAAAUACGUUUUUGGCCAUCACGGAAAGGAGUAGCUUGUUAUGGACUCCUCGUAUGGAGAUUGGUACUGUUAAAAUAGAGUCUACACAAGAAAAGGGUAGGACAAUCCUGUGUAGUGAUGAAAGAGAAGCUAGAGAAACUAAAUUACACGGGGAAGAAGACAUACUGCUGAGGCAAAGACUUUUCUAUGAGGAACGCUUGCUAACACUACACUUGAAGACAAAGCUUGAUUUGAAAUUUUUUUUCGAAAAUAUGACGCAUUUCUUUAUUCUGUGCGAUUGUGAUGAUAUUCUUAAAUUUCUCCAAACAGUGUACAUAACAAGAUACAUGAACACAUUCAACAGUAACAUUUUGUUCUAUAGUAUAUGGCUGAAUGCUGAAUUUUUAAAAAUGUAUCAAGUAAAGAAUAUUUUGUUUUUUCUGUCCCUAUUUAAAAAAAUGUUUAUUUUAAAGAACAUGGAUUUGGGGAAUUCGAUUUAUAGUUGGUAUAACAAACAGUUAAUAUUUUUUUUAAGAAAAAAGAUAGAAAUAUAUUUUGAAAAUAAUACUUUAGAAAAGAGUAUGAAGAGUGUAUUUAUAUUGUCUGAUUUGUUGAGUCAUAAUAAAGUUAUAAGGAAAAUUUUAUUAAAAAAAUUAGUUUCAUUAAAUUUUAAUACAAUUGAACCAAGUAUUUUUUGUCAAAUUUUUUUGUUGUUAAAUAAAUUAAGAUUUGAUGCAAGUAACAAGCUAUUCUCGGAGCUAUUUUUUAAACAUUACAAAAGAAUUAUUCAUUCCUUAACAUAUUCUGAAAUGUUAGAUUUAAUUAAAAAUACGGAAUAUUUAAUAAGUAAGAAGAAAAGAAAGAUAUUUGUUGUUUUGAUUUUAUAUUUUUUUAGAAAGUUUGAGCAAAGUAUUGCUACGAGUAGUAGUUCAGUACUACCUCUUAACUUAAGUUAUAUUUUUAAGUUAAUUAAUAUUAUAAACAAGUUUAAAUUAUAUGAAUAUUGUAAUAAGGACUGUUUUUUCCCCAUUUACCAAUUUAUUUUUUAUCCAAAAAAUGUUCAAAAUGACGUAGAGGUGGAAAAAAAGAAGUCUUCAACUAAUGAUCAUAAUGAAAGGGACUUAUCGAAGCAUAUAUAUUACUCCUUUUUAAUAAGAAAUAACGAAACGAUAAUGCUUGAUAUGAAAGAUCUAGAAAGAGAUAACAAUAAGAAUGAUGUUCUACUAUUAGAGGAAAAGGAAAGGCUCAAGGUACAUCCAUCUGUUGAGGCCAAUAGGGGGGAUGGAAAGAGUGUUUUGUAUAUGCUAAAUAGGACAAAUAAUGAAACAUGUGUAAAAUAUCUGAAAGUAAAAUUGGAAGUAUUAACAACUAGCCAAAUAUUAGAUUUAAUCUUUUUUAAUAUAAAUACAAGGAUAAAUAUAUACCUCAUUAGUGAGUUACACACAGAGCUAUUUUAUAGAAUUCUACGAAAUGUGAACUUUUCUAAAAAUCAGAUAAUCCUAUGUUUUAGAAGCAUAUGGAUGUCCAGAGUUUUUCAUCUGAACAUUUUUGAGGCCCUAAUAGAUAUUAUAACAAACAAUAUAAAAAUAGUUGAUAACUCCAUUUUUGCGCUAGACAUUUUAUUAUGUCUGUGUUCGUAUAAAUAUAACAAGAUAUACGAUCCUUUAAUAGUGACCCUAUUUGAUAUAUGUUUCCAUGACGUUGAUAAAAUUUUAAAAAAUAUGAAAAAACAAGUCCUCUUUUAUUAUUGCAUUAUUUUCUUGGAAUUGCAUUACCCACUGCUAUUUUUAAAAGUCAUUCGAAAAAGGAAAAAUAUUUUAAGAAAAAACGAAAAGAAUAAUCCCGAAAUGCAAUCUGGAAGUGGUGUAUGUUCCAAUAAAAAUAUCCCGAAUGAAAUGGAACAUUUCGGUGCUAGUAAAGAAAAUGCACAUUUUUGUAUCCAUGCUCCAAAUGCCAUAGUAGAUCAUGGAAUAGGUAUAAGCGUAAAAAUGAUAGGAAAAAAUAAGCCUUUUGAUGUGGUAAAAAAUGACCCUUUUGAUGUGGUAAAAAAUGACCCUUUUGAUGUGGUAAAAAAUGAUCCUUUUGAUGUGGUAAAAAAUGAUCCUUUUGAUGUGGUAAAAAAUAAGCCAUUUGAUGUGGUUAAAAAUAAGGUAUUUGAUGUGGUUAAAAAUAAGGUAUUAAAGGGUUCUUCUGGAAGUUGUGAAAAAGAUGGAGGAUUGGUGAAUACUGUUCAAAAAGUAAACAACAUGCUUAUGGAGGACAACGUCGAAUACCAAAACACAGUUGAUACACUAAAAUAUUUGAAGCACUUUUUUUUCAUUCAGCAAAAAAAAAACGCCUAUAGUUACGACAUAAUUAAAUUCUGUGAAUUGCUCGAAAAACUAAAUAUAACAAAUAUGAAGAUUAAUAAUACUCCCAACGUUUUUUUUAAAAAUCACGAAAUUGAUGAUUUGUUUGUCUUGAAUGUGUUUUAUCCUGUUAUAAAAUUUUGCAUAAUGUUUAUAAAAAGUGAAAAUGUGCCAAAAAAUUUGAAGAAGAUAAUUGAUAUGUCCAAAAUAGGUCGAACGUCAAGCAUGCAUAAUGUGAACCACGGAGGUGUAGACGUUUUGCUCAAUGGGGAAAAAAACCUUUCAAGAGACAACCUCAGGUGGAAGAAUAAAUUGCACCAUAAUACAGACAAUAUAAGUAAUCUAAUUGUUGGGGGCAAUGCCAUUUCAUUCAGCAGUACCUCUUUUGGUAAAUGGCGCGAAAACGAUAUUGACAUCCUCGCACAAAAAUUGUAUUUGCUUAAAAAUCAUAAAGUAAAUACUAUGGUAAUACCUAUUGAAAAGGUUGAUCUGUUUUUUAAAAUAAACCUUGUGGAAGAACAAAAUUCAAUUAUAAAAGAAUCGAAUAUCAUAUUCGAAAAGGUGUAUCAAGAAAUUUUAAGACGUAAGAGAAAAACAUUUUUGACGGAUUGUAAUAUCUUAUCAUCACUUGUGAAGAAGCAGUUACAGUAUAUUUUCCACUUGUAG